CUGCUCCUCGGGUUCUCGCUGUCUCCCUGUCCUGGCCUGUCCUGAAUCGAACUGAGCCGUGCUGCCAGGAUCAGGCAGCAGCAGGCAGCAGACAGCAGGCAAGGCACAUCAGUAGGCAGUGCAAGGCAGGCAGGCAGGCAGUCGGCAGGCAGGUCGCCACUUCUCGCAGACUUCUUCGCAUCUGCAUAAAUCAAACCCAGAGGCAGUAGCAGAAGCAGUUAGCCACCCCAAGAAAAAACUCUACAACAGAAAAAUACCGAAAAACAAAAGAAAAACAAACAAACAAAUAGAAAUAGAAAAGAGAGACAUCGAAGCAGAGAAACGAUAGGAGAACGAAAAAAAGUGCCAAGUGAAUGUGAAAGUGAAAGUGUGUGCAAAAUGACUUGAAGUGCAAGACUAGACACCUAUGUACGUACCACCUACACCACCCAGCCUGGAACACACUACGUAUACGCAAUGCGGCCCAGGCGCUCAUACGCCCCGUUGGCCCGCCAGCCCUUCGAACUAAGACUCGGGCUGGGGCUCGAACAGCCAUCGCUCGCCAUGCCGUCUUGAGUGCAAAAAAUUACCCGCCAAAAACCCAAAAACACACACGGCCGGCUUGCGCCAAAGACAAUGUAAGCGCCGGCACUAGAAUGUAGAGCAGUUUUUUCUUCAUUUCCCAAAACUAACUAACAAAACCAGCCAGCCAACAACAAAUAACAAAAUAGACAAAGUUACAUUUUUACCAAUAUCGAUAAUAUUAAUCACUUGAUAAUCAGCGCCAGUCAAACGCAACAUUUCGUUCGUAAACAACAACUACAACUAGCCACAACAAAGCAAGUCAAAGCCAAGAAGCAACCAAAUAAGCAGGCAAUACCAGUCAGUCCGUAACGUCAGCAGCAGAAACCAACGAAAAACCAAAAUAAUAAAGUAAAACGAUUGAGUAACUCCAGUUUCAGUACCGCACCGAUUCCGAUUUGAGCAAAAAUUCAAGCGUCUGAAUUUGAUUUCGAUAUCGUCUGGCCCGUUCCGUCUUCAAGUCUCGGCCAAAGGUUCGUCAUCGUCCCGACACACUCUCAGUUUCUACAAAUUCAGACGUAGAUCCUUAGUUAAUUCACCUUUUGUAUUGUGCAUUUCGGCAAGCAAAUAUUUUGGAAAGGAUCCCCAGAGAACAAAAAAAAAAAAAGGCGAAGAAGAGCAGAAGUCAACACUCGAAAUCGAAAACUACGAAAUUACCUGAAAAUUUUUAAACAACCAAAAAGUCUAUGAAUGCAACAAAAAUUACACGCUAAAUUUUACAAGUGCAAAAUUUUCUUAUAAUAAUUUAUCAAAAAAAUAAAAAUAAAUUUACAAAAAAAAAAAAAAUUAAAAAAGAAGCAUAAAAAAACGGAACUUAGUGAGAAAAUUAAUCAAAGUUUAGAGAGAACAUUAAAUGCAAACGGAAUAUCAAAAAUUGUUGUGAUGUGAUAUUUUUUCGAUGUACUUUUAUUUGAGGGUUACACCAUAUCGAGAAGUUAUCCAAUGAGAAAGCCGCUUAAAUUUUGGAGGAUCUAUGAUGGACGACAGAGAAAAAUAGCGCUUUGUUUGUGAAAGAUUUUUUGAGCGCAAGCAAGGAUUAUUAAAACGAAAACCAAGCCAAACCAACUAAAUACCCAAAACGACAAAAAUCGACACAAAAAACGACGAAAAACGAAUAAAAAUCCCAAAAUUCAUUCGCAAGUUUUUCGGGCCAAGCAUCGAAAACACACUUUUGAGAUUCAAAAAAUCAAAGCGAAAGAAACAAAAACAAACUGGAAAGGAGCAAAAAAGGACUGGAGAAGGAGAACGGGUGUAAAACGAAGGGAAAUACAAAUCAAAUUUAAAUAAAAUUAAAUGCAAAGGACAUUCGCAUGUGUGUGGUGGUGGAAAGAAAAUUCAAAACAAAAUUCACAAUUAGAAAACGCAGGAAAAAACGUAGAAAACGCAGACACAAAAUCAAGAGUGCCGGCAGCAACAGCAGCAACCAACUGUCAACAGCGGGAAGAAUUUUGAACUGGAACAUUUCGACCAAAAAGUUGGGCGACAGCAAAAUUUCAACGUUUGGCGCACUACAAACACAGCAGCAAGGACAUCGCGGCCAGGCAGCCAGGAUUGCAGGAGCGAGCGGUUUUGAAAGCGCAGCACACAUCGACAAACCCUUCUCACACGGACUAGUACUCAGAAUCGGACCAGGAUACCUUUUGGCUUAGAAAGCGGCCCACGGAAAAACCGCAGCCAGCAAUUUAAGCUUGAAAUCACGCAUACGCCGCGGCGAACUCUCGCUCUCUUUGCCGGAACGAAGGGGUAUUGCCAGAGAAAAAGCAGCCAAUCCGAGGAAGCGGGUUGGCCGAGGGGCAAGGCAGAGAAAGCAGCGAAAGCAGGAGCGAAAUCAUCGAGAGCUGAGAAGCGCGAGGCGAGAGAGCUGCUGCUGCUGGUGGGCAUCAUCUUAUGAUGUCAUCAGAGGAGUACGAGGCGGACUGUUUUGGUUUGUACAGCGAUGAGAACAACGUGCUGCUGAAGGCAAACGAGCCGGAGACAACGGCCGCCACCAAGCAACAACAUCAGCCACAGUUUCAGCAGCAACAGCAACAGCAACAGCAACAGCAACAGCACCAUCAUCAACACCAGCAACCACCGCCGAGCAGCAACGGUCACACGUCACCAAUACCCUCACAAGUCAACGGCGACGGCAGCGCGGCGAAUUGCGGCGAGAGCGGCAAGACUAAUACCAAUACAGGCAGCCACAGUCACAGCAACAGCGGCAACACCAACACAGACGCAGACAAGGAGCAAGAGCGAGAGAAGGCAAAGGAGAAAGCGAACGAAGAGGAGUCCGAGGAUUCCGACGACGACGUCGUGGUUGUACUCGAAGGCUGCGAAGGCAACGCCAGCAGCAGCAGCAGCAGCAGCAACAGCAACAGCAACGCCAGCAGCAACAACCAUAAGGCAGCGGCCACGACGACGACGACGGCGACGACGGCGAACCAUUGUAAUCGCAGUGGCGGCAGCAGUCGCAGUCAUCGCAGCGCCCGCAGUAGUCGGCAAAUCAGUCAGUCAACGGCCGUCGGCAAGACAACAACGUGCGCGGCUAAAAAACCAACAGCAGCACAGGCGACCACGACAACAGCCAAGAACUCGAACUCGAACUCGAACGUGAACGUGAACGUGAACGUGAAUUCAAACGGUAGCGGAAACGGAAACGCGAACAGUAAAGUGAAUCGUCGUUCGCGUCAAAGAUCCUUGAGCAAAGACAUUAACAAUCAGCCAGCGAGCAGUAAUAGCAAUAGCAACAGUAGUAACAACAGCAGCAACAGCAACGGCGGAGCAACGGCAACCGCUGCUGGCUUCAUGAGUAGCGCUGCCGCGGCUGCUGCGGGUGCCGCUGGUGGAGGAGCCCUGUUCCAACCACAAUCGGUCAGCACGGCCAAUAGCAGUAGUAGUAACAAUAACAAUUCAAGCACACCGGCUGCUCUUGCCACCCAUUCGCCCACGAGCAACUCACCAGUUUCGGGCGCCAGUUCGGCAUCGUCCUUGUUGACGGCCGCCUUUGGCAACCUGUUUGGUGGCUCCUCGGCCAAGAUGCUGAACGAGCUGUUUGGCCGCCAGAUGAAGCAGGCCCAGGACGCAACGAGUGGCCUGCCCCAGAGUUUGGACAACGCCAUGCUGGCCGCCGCCAUGGAGACGGCCACCAGUGCCGAGCUGUUGAUCGGCAGCCUCAAUUCCACGUCCAAGUUGCUGCAGCAGCAGCACAAUAACAACAGCAUUGCUCCCGCCAAUAGCACGCCCAUGAGCAAUGGCACAAAUGCAUCGAUCUCGCCGGGAUCGGCCCACAGUUCCAGUCACUCGCAUCAGGGAGUCUCGCCCAAAGGAAGUCGCAGGGUGUCGGCCUGCAGUGAUCGCUCCUUGGAGGCGGCAGCUGCUGAUGUUGCUGGUGGCUCGCCGCCACGAGCGGCAUCGGUGAGCUCGCUGAACGGAGGAGCCAGCAGUGGGGAGCAGCACCAGUCUCAGUUGCAACACGACCUGGUGGCACAUCACAUGCUGCGCAAUAUACUGCAGGGCAAGAAGGAGCUGAUGCAACUGGAUCAGGAGCUGCGCACCGCCAUGCAGCAGCAGCAACAGCAGCUGCAGGAGAAGGAGCAACUGCACUCCAAGCUUAACAAUAAUAAUAACAACAAUAUUGCUGCCACCGCCAACAACAAUAACAACACCACAAUGGAGAGUAUCAAUCUGAUCGACGAUUCGGAAAUGGCUGACAUCAAGAUCAAGAGUGAGCCCCAGACGGCUCCGCAGCCACAGCAAUCGCCGCACGGAAGCAGCCACAGCAGCCGAAGUGGGAGCGGCAGUGGGAGCCACAGCAGCAUGGCCAGCGAUGGCAGCCUGCGACGCAAGUCCUCCGACUCCCUGGACAGCCACGGGGCGCAGGACGAUGCGCAGGACGAGGAAGAUGCUGCGCCCACUGGCCAGAGAUCCGAGAGCAGGGCUCCGGAGGAGCCACAGCUGCCCACCAAAAAAGAAUCCGUGGACGAUAUGCUUGACGAGGUGGAGCUCCUGGGUCUGCACUCCCGCGGAUCCGAUAUGGAUAGCCUGGCCUCGCCCAGUCACUCGGACAUGAUGCUGCUGGACAAGGACGAUGUCCUGGACGAGGACGACGACGAUGAUUGCGUGGAGCAGAAAACAUCCGGCAGCGGAUGUCUCAAGAAACCCGGCAUGGACUUGAAGCGCGCUCGCGUCGAGAACAUCGUGUCGGGAAUGCGAUGCAGUCCAUCCUCCGGAUUAGCGCAGGCAGGACAACUGCAGGUAAAUGGUUGUAAGAAGCGCAAGCUCUACCAGCCCCAGCAACACGCCAUGGAGCGUUAUGUGGCCGCCGCAGCUGGUCUGAAUUUCGGCCUCAAUCUGCAGAGCAUGAUGCUCGACCAGGAGGACAGUGAGUCCAAUGAGCUGGAGUCCCCGCAAAUCCAACAGAAGCGUGUGGAGAAAAAUGCGCUCAAGUCCCAGCUGCGAUCCAUGCAGGAGCAGCUCGCGGAGAUGCAGCAGAAAUAUGUGCAGCUGUGCUCGCGCAUGGAGCAGGAAUCCGAGUGCCAGGAACUUGACCAGGACCAGGAUGUGGAACAAGAACAAGAGCCGGACAAUGGCAGCAGUGAUCAUAUCGAGCUGUCGCCCUCGCCCACUUUGACCGGAGAUGGUGACGUUAGUCCCAACCACAAGGAGGAAACUGGGCAGGAACGACCUGGUUCCAGCUCACCCUCACCAUCGCCCCUAAAACCCAAGACAUCGCUGGGCGAGAGCAGCGACUCAGGCGCUAACAUGCUAUCCCAGAUGAUGAGCAAGAUGAUGUCCGGCAAGCUGCACAAUCCACUGGUGGGUGUGGGUCAUCCCGCCCUGCCUCAAGGAUUUCCUCCACUGCUCCAGCACAUGGGCGACAUGUCGCACGCAGCCGCCAUGUACCAGCAGUUCUUCUUCGAGCAGGAGGCGCGCAUGGCCAAGGAAGCCGCCGAGCAGCAGCAGCAACAGCAGCAACAGCAACAACAGCAGCAGCAGCAACAGCAGCAGGAGCAACAGCGCCGCUUCGAGCAGGAGCAACAAGAGCAGCAGCGACGCAAGGAGGAGCAGCAACAGCAGAUCCAGCGCCAGCAGCAGCAUCUGCAACAGCUGCAGCAACAGCAAAUGGAGCAGCAACAUGUGGCCACUGCCGCCCCCAGGCCGCAGAUGCACCACCCAGCGCCCGCCCGCCUGCCCACACGAAUGGGCGGUGCUGCUGGCCACACGGCCCUCAAGUCCGAACUGUCGGAAAAGUUCCAAAUGCUGCGCGCCAACAACAAUAGCUCAAUGAUGCGCAUGUCGGGCACGGACCUGGAGGGACUGGCCGAUGUGCUCAAGUCCGAGAUCACCACCUCGCUGUCCGCUCUGGUGGACACCAUUGUGACCCGCUUCGUCCACCAACGGCGGCUGUUCAGCAAGCAAGCGGACUCCGUGACCGCGGCUGCCGAGCAGCUGAACAAGGACCUGCUGCUGGCUUCGCAGAUCCUCGACCGGAAGUCACCGCGCACCAAGGUGGCGGACAGGCCCCAGAACGGACCCACGCCCGCAACACAAUCAGGUAAUAAUGGUUCACUACUCCUAGCUAAUAGUCAAAUGCCCUCCCAAACGACCGCGAGCGGGUCGAGUGCGCAGCAGCAACAGCAACAGAAUGCCCAGCAGCAGCAUCAGGGCUCGCAGCAGCAGCAGCAACAGAAUGUGGUGCAGCAGCAGAAUGUGGCGCAGCAGCAGCAUAUGCAGCAGCAGCAGCAACAGCAGCAGUCGCAUCCUUUACUGCCGCCCAACUGCCAACAGUUGAUCUCCGCCCCUCGCCUGAAUGGCAGCCAGUUAUCCUUCGCUUCGCCCGCCGCUGCUGCAGCCGCUGCAAUGGGUCUGCAGAUGCACCAUGCCGCCGCAGCAGCAGCAAUGUCCGCCCAGCAGCAGCAGCAACAGUCCGGGGAUCCCGGCGCGAAUACUAACCCAAACAGCGGGCCAGCAAACCCCACUAACAGUAGCUUAAGUACCCUUAAUAUACCGCCACCUCACAUACGUCCUUCGCCCACAGCGGCUGCCAUGUUCCAGGCGCCCAAAACGCCACAGGGCAUGAAUCCGGUGGCCGCCGCCGCGCUCUACAACUCGAUGACCGGACCCUUCUGCCUGCCGCCCGAUCAGCAGCAGCAGCAACAGACCGCCCAGCAGCAACAGUCCGCCCAGCAGCAGCAGCAGAGCUCGCAGCAGACACAACAGCAGCUGGAGCAGAACGAGGCCCUCAGCCUGGUGGUGACACCAAAGAAGAAGCGCCAUAAGGUGACCGAUACGCGCAUCACGCCGCGCACCGUCAGCCGCAUUCUUGCCCAGGAUGGCGUUGUGCCGCCCACCGGAGGCCCACCGUCAACCCCCCAGCAGCAGCAACAGCAGCAGCAACAGCAACAGCAGCAGCAACAACAGCAGCAGCAACAGGCGUCGAACGGCGGCAACAGCAAUGCCACGCCCGCCCAGAGUCCGACGAGGAGCAGUGGAGGAGCCGCAUACCAUCCGCAACCACCGCCACCACCACCACCCAUGAUGCCCGUGUCCUUGCCCACCUCCGUGGCCAUACCUAAUCCCUCGCUGCACGAGUCCAAGGUCUUUUCACCGUACUCGCCGUUCUUCAAUCCGCACGCAGCCGCUGGCCAGGCAACGGCGGCCCAGCUCCAUCAGCACCACCAGCAGCACCACCCGCACCACCAGUCCAUGCAGCUGUCCUCCAGUCCGCCGGGCAGCUUGGGCGCUCUGAUGGACUCGCGCGACUCGCCGCCGCUGCCCCACCCGCCGUCGAUGCUCCAUCCCGCCUUGCUGGCCGCCGCCCAUCACGGCGGAUCGCCGGACUACAAGACCUGCCUGCGGGCCGUCAUGGACGCCCAGGAUCGCCAGUCCGAGUGCAACUCGGCCGACAUGCAGUUUGACGGCAUGGCUCCUACUUCUUCUACAUUGACACCGAUGCACCUGCGCAAGGCCAAGCUGAUGUUCUUCUGGGUGCGCUAUCCCAGCUCCGCGGUGCUCAAGAUGUACUUCCCGGACAUCAAGUUCAACAAGAACAACACAGCACAAUUGGUGAAAUGGUUCUCGAACUUCCGAGAAUUCUACUACAUACAAAUGGAGAAAUAUGCACGACAAGCUGUCACCGAAGGCAUCAAGACACCCGAUGAUCUGUUGAUUGCUGGAGAUAGUGAAUUGUAUCGCGUGCUCAAUUUGCACUACAAUCGCAAUAACCACAUUGAGGUACCCCAGAAUUUCCGCUUCGUGGUCGAAUCGACUCUGCGGGAGUUCUUCCGUGCAAUACAGGGUGGCAAAGACACCGAGCAGUCGUGGAAGAAGUCCAUAUACAAGAUCAUCUCGCGCAUGGACGAUCCCGUGCCCGAGUACUUCAAGUCGCCCAAUUUUUUAGAGCAGCUGGAAUAAGUGGAGGAGUUGGCGCUGCCGACGCUGCCAUUGCCGCAUCCACUGGGAAUGCCACCGCCCAUCAGUCCGGCCAGCACCUCCACCACCUGCAGCACCGCUACCACCACCAACUCCAGGCCCGGCAGCAGCCAUCCGAAGGCGAAGCGCAGGCCAAAGCUAAAAGGCUAAACCUGCGCAGGAAACACGACUGGAUAUGACCAACUACCCAGCAAAUAAAAUCGAGGAUAACCAAUUCGACAAACAGUAUCCACACACAGGGCAGAAACUUAGACAUAGCUGAGAGAUUUGCAAUAGCACACGAGUCGAAAACGCGUUUAGAAAACACAUUGAGCAAAAUAUUUUUUCAAAAAUUUCCAAAAACUACACAACUAAACACACACACAAAAAUACAAUUUCAAAACACAUGAACCUCAGCAAAAGAGCGACAAGAAAAAAGAAGCAUGUGGGCCACGGAUAUACAAAUCCAGUGGGCCGAUUGAGCAAAACCAAAACUUAACAUAGAGCAGCAAGUCUUAAUCUAAUAAUGUGAAAUAGUGCAAAUUGAAAGAAAACCUGAGCCACACACCUGAGAACACCCACACACCGAGCGUAAUUUACAGGCAGUGUAAACUGUACUCGCCGUUGGUUUGUUAGUUGAAAUUUUUUUGAAAAUAUUUACAGCAGAUUACGUAUACGUAUGAAUAUUUAACAAAUAGUUGAGCCGUCUAAUGAUCUACCGAAAGUUGACACACAUUCCACAAGGAAAUACCUACACAAUAACCACACGCAUUCCACGCACACGCACACACACACACGCUCGCAUCGGUACAAAGUGUGUGUUCAUUUGAGAGAGAGAGAGAGAGAGAGAGAAAAUCGCUCGGCCAAACAGGAAGUGGUUUUUAUCGCACUGCUUGGCCGACCGACUUUCCGGUAAGCAGUUUCCACCGCCCGGUUGCACACUGCUUUACAAAAGCAGGCGCAGCUCUGACGGACGGAAAUCGGGAAUUAAUCUUAAAUGUUUAAAAGUCACCCGAUCACUAAGGUUGCUACUUCCCUUUAUCCCACAUUUAAGCGCUAAGCAUAUAUUCGAUGUCUAUUAAGCGAAACUAAAAGCAAAAACAAAAAAAAAAAAGUUAAGAAAUUUGCAAAAACUAUUUAGGUUUUUAAUGAGAGAGCCAGAGUUAUUUGUACGAACAGCGGGCGUUAGGGUAGUUAAAUUUACCAUCUUAUCUCUUACAUUACGUUAUGCGAACCUUCGACCAAAGUUAAUUGUUAACAUGAAUCCCUUAAAUACGGUUUAUUUUUAAUCAAUUCUUUUCCUUUAGUGCCCCACUUUGAGCACGCAUCUUAAUUUUAUAGAAUAAUCGACAUACACAAUAAAACACACCACAAACACACACACACUAGUCUGUUAUUUAUGUAAAUAAUUUAUACGUUUAGUUAAGUUAACGUUUAGUUUAAUUAAUUUACUUUACUUGGCCUUGAGUUGCAACAAAACAAAAUAUAUACACAAAACACCAAAAAUACCAAUUAAAAAAUAUGUUUUUUUCUUUCUCCUGAUUUUAUGAACAUAUAAAAGUUUAAAUCAUAGGUCCCGAUCUCUGGUUGGCUGAGAUAGAUCAUGCACUUCUCACUCAUUAGCACAGCAGACACAGCAUGGAAAGUGGGCGGGUUUAGAGGGAUAUGUUUGCCUGCUCUCCGUCCGGCGAAUUUUGGGGCUGGGGCGGGCAAACCCUGUUGUUCCUGCAGCUGCAAUAUCUCAUCUUCGAUUGCAGCUGCACAGCGACAACAGCAACAACAUCAUUAACUGCAUGCAAAACAUUUGAUUAUUUGGCACAGACAAAAUCAUAUUCCUCGAACGAAACGAACGCAGCGAAAUCGACCAUUUUGGCCCAACAAUUGCUCCGAGGAGCUCCAUCAGCCAGCCAGCCAGUAGGUCAAUCAGUCUGUCAGUUACAAAGUCAGUUAGCCAGUUACUAAGUUAGCUAGCCCCGAACCCUAGCGCCCUCUGGUGGGAGUUAAGAUUAGAUUGGAUGGGAACACCGCUACAAGGAGCAGACGAGAUCGCACCCCCAGCAAACCUUUCGGCCACAACAAUGAUCACGAAAUUAUUGAACAAUAGUUGAAUUUUAGCUAAAACUAAAUUGAAUCGAACUAAGCGAGUUUUUUUAGGCUUAACCAGAGUUCCCAUGGGGAAUGUGAGCAAAAUUUGAUUGCACUUUGGCGUAACUAUGACAAAAUUAGUCGCGUUUAAGACGGUGAGUUUCCUAAUCCGAGAAGCGAGUUCGAGUGGAAGAAACUAAGGUUCUCUUCAAAUCGAAAUUGAAAGUGAAAUUGAAGUUUGGAAAAUUGAAAAAUUAAAAAAUGCAUUUGCGAAAUUAGUAUUUAGGGAAUCGUACAAAGCAGAUGAGGCAGGCAGAGGCAUUCGCUAAUCGAACUGAAGUUUAAGUUUAUCGCAUUAAGUUGAGUUAUCUUACCCCUGAGUUUCACCCAUCUUCACAGCAGACAGAAGUCGAAAUUCAAGCCCGAUUUUGGAGCACCAGGAGUGACGCGUUGAUUGUUAAUGCCUUUACAAAAUUUACGAAGGAAGCGGCUUUUGGCAAUGGAGUUGAAAUUUAAAAAUGAAAUAUGAAAAGAAAUUUGGAAAUGAAAUUGAAAUUGAUCUAAAUACAAUUGUAACUGAUUUUGUGAUAGAAAAGUAACUAACAACAAACUAAAAAUCGAACUAACUUCAUUAUUGUUUCGGAUAAAACCAAUAUGGAGGCUUUGCGCAGAAGUCUCCAUACGAAAUUAUUGAUUGAUGUAAAAAUAGUUAAUUGACAAUUGCGAGACGAGCGAAAUUAUGAGACGAAACCAUUUAGGCAAUUUAAGGCGAAUUAACAAUAAACGUUUGGCUAACAAAACUUUAGGCGAAAUUUUAUCUUUAAGCAAAAUUCGAAAAUAGCGAGAAGCAUCCGUAUCUAAACCGUCGAAAUUCACAAAGUUAACAGUAAUACCAAGCAAAAAAAAAAAAGUAAUUACGAAAAAUUAAGCACUCAAACUUUUCUGUUCUAUUCAGUUUGAAUCAGUUUUAGUCAGCGCUUUCUUUCUUUACCUCAAGGAAGGCGAAUGAACCGAUAUACUUGCGUACCAACAAAUGACACAGGAGCACACUAACACUUGCGUAUAUUUAAUGCAACAUACAUAUUUCAUACAUUUAUACUAACAUAAACAUACAUACUUAAACUUAAGUCAACAAAUCAAAGGGGCGGACCACAAAAGGGUCCGUCUCGAACGAUAAUUGGUUAAUAAAAGCGAAAUUAAUUGAAAAAACAGAAAACACAAAUGACGGCGCUUGGAUUUUUCUUUACCAAAAUUAAACCCCCACCAUUUUGGCCGCUUAUAAACUACCCACAUUUUUGGUUCAAUUCUCCCCAACCAACCAACCAACCAACCAAACGACCAACCUCCGUCAGAAGAAUUUUUGGCAAUUGUCACCACAAAAUUGGAACUGAUUGGCAAGCACAACACGACCACCACCACCUUCACACAUCUCACUAAACCACAGCCACGAAAACAAGUUCAACUAAUCGGUGGAGCGCAGAGGCGAGAAGGGUAAGCGAAAUUCAUUAAAAUUCAUCUUAUUCGAGCGACGCAAACCACGUGAAAGAGACACCUGGCGGACGCGGACAGCACUUGCGCCAGCCUUCAGCCACGCCCACCAAACUUCGGAAUGCCCUUUCGAGAACCACUAGGAAAGCGAGUUUAUUUCCUCCAGAUCAAUAUUUCGGUGUUGGAAAAAUUCCAAAAUGAACUACAGAUCAGCCAUAGGCCAAAGCAAAGUUCCUUCCUCGUUUUUUGGCCAAGCUGCUGCCGCUGUUCGUUCGCCAGGUACAGUUUACACCAGGUACUAAGUUAGCAUAAGCAUUUAGAUUAAGUACAGCAGCAGCAGGAAACCAGACGAGAACCGGAAAUGGACGAUGGACAUCCAUCCGGACGAAGCAACCAAUCAGCGACCCGUGUGGCCAGUGCUGGUCAACAGACCAACAUCGAGUUCACCGCACAGAAAAUCCAAACUUAAACCAUUAAUGCACACUGCACGCAAACCGAUAACGAAAACAAAUCGAUCAAAUGAUCGAGGCAGACGAUGGGAAGCGAGAUCGAGAUGGAAGGCGAGAUAAGUAUAUACCUACUACACGUAAACCAAUUACCAAAUAUAAAAGCAGAUGCAGCCAUAUGCAAUUUUAACUAGAUUUUAAAAGCAUUAAUACCGCAGAAUACCAAGCAAACCAAAAGAAAAUUACCCCAAAACAUACCGAUUACUGAUUACUGAAUGAAAAACAAAACCGAUAACAGAAAUUGAUCAGAUUUGUACAUAGCGACAUUUAAAUACAACUACGUACACGUAAUUAAAAUAUUACUACAGUCUAAGCAUAAGCGACCCCCAAAGAACCCACUCAGAGCCCCUGAAAAGGACAUUCUGGCCAAGGCCAGGACGAUAUUCACUCACAGCCUUACUGCAUUGAAAAUGCUCGCAUUGCGAUUACCAUUAGGAGGGAAGAACGAAGGGAAGAAGGAGUAGGGGAUUGAGAUAGGAGAUGUGCCAAAACCAAAUCGGUAUAUAUAUCAAGCAGAUCCCCUUUGGCAAGCCCACACACGCACAAAACACUGAAAAGAAAAUCAGUCAAACUAAACACGUAGGGUACAUACUCCAUGGUAAAUCAAAGCAAAUCUAUUCGUAACUUCAACUUCAGAGUAACCAUAAGUUAAUUAAACAUCCUUGGUUUGGAAAACAUCUGAUCACAAGACAGAAAGGACGAAGUAAAAUAAAAUACACAUAAAUUUGCAGUUUUGGUAUACAUGAAAAUGAAAAAUGAAACGAAAAAUCUUUUUAACGAUGAAAUAUUUCCAAAAAAAAAAGGAAACAAUUGCGUUUUUUUAGUAGCAAGCGCGAUUCUCAAAAUUCCCAAUAACUUUUGGCCAAAAAUCGAGUCACCGAACAAUAAACAAAAACCGUUUGGAUGUAACAUUUUUAUCACUUAUUUGGCGUAGGAAGAAUCAGAGAGAAGAGUGUAGAAGAGGAGUGUAUGAAGAUUAAGCCGUGGCGCAUCCAAAUGCACCACAUCUUUCUUUAAAACAAACUGCAAUAGAGCAGCACACAGUGCGUAUACUUUCGGCAUGCACUGUGUGCCUGCACCAAUGGACUUAGUUAAACAAUCAAAAUUCCUGCAAUCAUUGCAACAGCAACCAGUAUUACUAACAUUUUUCAGUUGAUCAAUCAGGAAUCAAUUUACGCAUCCUUAUUUGUGAAGUUUAUGAAGAAGAGGUUAAAACUUUUGGCUUAUGACGUAAACCCAACUUUUCGGCCGCAAUGAACAUUGCCCAUGGAAAUUCUAAAUUCGAAUUGAUAUAUAUACAACAACAUCAAAAAGCACAUGAGAAAGUAUAAAAAUAUAAAGAAAAUGUUGCAUAAACCCCUAAACAAAAACGAUAACCAAAUAAAAACAACGAUAACGAUAAACAAAUACCUUAGUAACCGAUAACAGUGAAGCAAGGGAGGAUGAGAAUUCGCAAUUAAGUUUUAACAGCCAACAAUAGCCAGGGAAACAUACACAACUCGUAUGUGAUAUUUUUAUGUUAAUCUCUCACAGUUUUCCACUACCACAAUAAAUAUUUUUACUCAAAUAUACAAAGCGAAGAAGCCUAGAAAUCCAAACAGAAUUCGUAAUAUGAAGGACAACAACAAGCCCAAUUAGAAGCGACAAUACAUAAAAUAAAGAUUGGUAUUAACAACAGCACAAAGCACUUCCAGCAGCAACUUUUUUUGGGUUGCCUACACAUAUCAAAGAUAAAUACGCUAUAUAUACAAUAUUGAGCGAUAGGAGAGAGAUAUUUCUUUUUGUUGAGUCCUUAAGCCAUCCUGAGUUCAAAUUUUACACUGAAUAUAACUGAAUAUUUACCCAUGAUCGAAUACAAAUAUAAAUAUAUAUACAUAUAAACCAAUACCAAAACUAAUCCAUAAGUGUUUAUAGUUGAAUUUUGACAGAAGAACGAGGGAGGAGAAUCAGAUUUUAUGCCACAGUUUCAUUUGCAAUAGUCGAGCGUGCCACGCACGAACCGGGAUAAUUUAUAGUACAAUACAAUGCAACAAGCAGACAAACCAAACAAACAAACAAAUAAACAAUUAAGCAACAGCAACCAAUAACUUUUUAUAAAACGAUUUAUAUUUUUAUACUCAAACUAAAAUCAAUCAACAACAACCGCAGCAAUAGCCAAUUAGCCAAAUAAGCCAAAACUUUUAGUUCGUUCACCGAGGUUUUCAGUUAGCAAUUAACGACAACAGCAACAAUUAUGUUUUCAUUUACGAAUCAGCAAUCGAGGCGAUCUGAGUGUCCCAUUAGAACCCAUCCCAGUUGUUAUAUAUCCGUUCACCGGUGGAGCCGAGCACGCCACACAAGAAAUUGCCAAUAGAAUUGCAGUCCCAUGUACUGUCACUACAAAUAUUUGAAGACGAAGCCCCGAAGAAGAUGCCUGCCUGCUGAACCCGAGGGAAACGAGACCAGAGGAGUAGCCACAAUCAAAACUUUAUGCAAAUCGUGCUUGGCCUGUCCGGGAUUAGGAUAUAUCUCAGCUGCCGGUGGUGGGUCAAUCAUCCAAUCGGGGAGACCCACUCAGAUCACGACUCACAUAGGCAACAAGAAUAAGUGAUAAAAACCCUUUGUUUCACAAUUCUCUUACGAGCAGGCCCAAACCAAAAAGGGCCAGAUAACUUUGCGUGCGUUUAACUGGUACCGUUCCUGGUAACACGAAACUGAAUCAAAAGUAUAUAUGCAUAUAUAUAUAUAUACAUAUAUCUGGGGGGACGUGCAACGCGCUGCGAAACGAACUGCAAAACUCCUUUGGUUUACUCUCACACAAUAAAGCAAACAGUUACAGAUACAGAUGCACUUGCAGAUGCAGCAGCAAUAAACAGGUGAAAAUUGACAAAUCGCAACUCGAGACGGGGGUCGGACAUGGCCCCCAGACAAUAGCCCAGCAAUAUUAUUAUUAUUUCCCAAUCGGCGUCCUUUGUAAUCCUUCGAGGAUUAAAGGUGCGCCACCAGCCGUCGUCAACUGAAGUACAACCAAAACGAAAUCGCACCCAUUGGCACCACCAAGAAGCAAGCAGCCGCUGCAUUAGUCCCCAGAAAGGAUAAACACAAGAACAAAUAUAAAUAUAAAUAUGAUUACCAGGAAAGGGCCCAGACGUUUGUCAAAAUUCUACACGAAAUUUUAUGUAAAACAACUGUAGGAGCAAACGAAAAACGCAAUUCCAACGAGCCAGCGAAAGAGCUAAACCAAUCGAUUUUCAGUUUCAAGGUUUUCCUUCUCCGGCCAUCGAUCCAGGUUUCGAUCGAUCGCCCAUCCUAUAAUUUAAACGAGAUAAAGGCGUGCCACGGGACGUGGCAUGUGUACAAUAUGUAAACUAAUUAAAAUGUAAACCAUAUAAACGAAGGCGAUAAGCGAACAAAUGAAACAACAAUAUUUAUACAGAGACUGCAAACAAAUGUGAUCAGAUAUUUUAUAAUAUAUAAGUUUACAGAGCAAUCGACAGGCAAUAUCGACUAGCUAUAGCCAGCCGAUGAUGCUACCGAUCAAAUCAAAAGUCGAAGAACAGCGAUAGCGAACAAACACAGCAACAGCAACCACAGUAGGCGUUAAGGUAACCGUUAGCUAACCGUAACCCUAAACGUAACGAAACGAGAGCCGUAAACGUAAGCAACCGAUAAACAAAAAAAAGUAUUUAUAAUGAUAUUUUUUACAAUAGCAUAUACAACUAAAUAUAUAGCAAAACGACAAACAAACCGAGCGGGAGCCGCAGCUGGCGAAAGUAUCCACAAUCAGCCCUUAACCCAUAUCCUGUAAUCCCUUUGAACCGCUUGAACGCUUUUAUCCCGAAUGUCCCGAAGGUCGAAGCUGCGGCCUCCACGCGCAACAGUUGCCUUUCACAGAAACAAUUUACCGAUUAAGUUAUCAAUAGUGAAAUAGACAAGCCAAAACGGCGACCGUGCCCUCUCCAGCAAAGGGGGCGUGGCGCCGCAGUUUUUCCAGCCAGUUUUCAGUUGAGCAUUUCCUCAGUUCGUUCGAGUACAACAACAACAAAGGAAGAGGGUAGAGCAAAGUUUUUCAGUUCAAGGUUCAUACAAAGAUUAUACUUAGUUUUCGGAAGGAGUGGAGGAAAGUAGAGGAAUGAGGAGAAAUGGAAGAGGAGACAGUGAAGCGUCGAAUAAGAAGUCUUAGGAUGGGGUAACCAGUAAUACACAGCAAAACACAUAUAUAUAUAUAAAGCAAUCAUAUAUAUGUGAACAAUUUGUUUCGAUUUAGUGAGUCGAGUUCUUCAGUUCGAUCAACAAAGUUUGGCAGCAUUUACAGCCUGAUUUGAACGAUGCAAGCGUUAUGGGAAAUUGAGCAAUACUUGAGUUCUGAACAAUAGUGCCGGUAACAUUUAUACUAUAAGUGAAACUAUAUAAAUAGACAUAUAUAUAUAAAAUACAUACUCUAGACGUCGUAAUCCGUAUUUCAGCAUAGCUAACAAAUGUUCUAAAUGUACACUGAGUAAUGAAAAUCCGGAACCCAAGCAACAAACCAAAAAACAAAAAUGCAGAUAAGUCAGUCAGGUGAGUGAAAGAAGAUAGAGGGUAUUCGCUUGUGCAGCAUUUUUCGAGCGGUACAUGCAGAUCGAAUAUUACCUGGUAUUGGCCGAGUGACCCAACAAAACCCCCAAGUAGCCCCGCCCCUCCCAGCACACGAACCACACACUCAACCACAUUACGAUCCACAACCUUAUAAAUAUAUAUAACUUAUUACUUAUAUAAGGACAUAAACUCAAAGCAAGCAAAACAAAAUUAUAAUAAAAUACAAAUACAAGAUAAUGGUAGUUGCUAUUUUAAAUAUGUAUUACAAAACCAAGAAAAAUGCAAAAAAAAAAUAACAAAGAAAACCAAACAAAACAAACUAAAUUAAAUCGAAUGUCAGUCAAAAUAAAAUGAUCUUCAGCGCAAGCAGCAAAAGUCUCUAGUAAAUGUUAAGCAGGAACCAAAAGCCAACCUGAGCAACAACAACAGCAGCAGCAGAAACCGAUUCAGAAGCAAAGCAAAAGCAAAUCAGUCAGACACACCUAUAUAUUACCUUAAUAUAUAUAUAACGCAGUUUGUUCCAAGCCAAAAUCAGUACAUGAAACUAUAUGAUAUUUGUAUGCUUUUUUACUCACACCAUAUAAGCCAAGUGGAAAUUGGUACAGAUCAGAUCAGAUCGGCAGGACCUAUUCGCCAGGAUACUCCGCCGCCUUUAGGUUUAAUUUACGCACUCAGACACGCAGACACAGACACACUCGAAAAAAAAAACAAAAUGAACAGAGAUACUACGAAACUGAAUGUCAGCAUAGGUAUAAUCGUAACGAGAAUCAACUAAAAUUUAUACUCAUAGUUUAGCAGUCGCCGUAAUUGAUUUAUAUUUUGUCAGCCACACGAAGCAGAAUCAAACCGACAGACGAGACGAACUCAACUAAGCUAGAUACAGAUACAGAUACAGAUACAAAGAAUAUCCAAAAGAUACAUUAAAUAUAACUCAACAACAGCCACCUAGAACAAGAGAACAACAACCACAGUAACUACAACAACUUAAUGCCGUUCAGCCAACAACAACAUCAACCAGAACAACAAUCGAGCAGGAUCAGUUCACAGAUGCAGCAGCUUACUUAUAGUUUUUUCAGGAUAAUAAAGAUAAAGAUACAUACACCAUCUAAGCAUACUUAUAGCCAAGCCCAGCCCAAAAACAAAAAACGGAACUCCAGACCACAAUCAAAAGCAGAAACAGGUACAGAUUUCAGAGCAGGAUCAGAGAAGGAAUGAGGAGGAUGAGAAAACAUUUCAAUCAAGUGCUAGCAUUUCGAAGAACGUUUUAACAUUUCGGCUUAGAAAUACGUAGAGAAAAAUUACAACUUUCGGCUCAAAAGCAACGCGCUGCAUUUUGCAAAAGAAACCCAACAAGAAUGAGAACUCUUGCACACAUGCAAGACUAAAACGAACACCUAAAUGAAGUAAAACACUCUCGGCUAAGACUUUGGCGUGAAUUUCGGAAAAUAAAUAUAGAAAAAACUCAGACGAACGUUUUGAUACAGACGAUAAUUCAGAUUGCGACAUCAGAACUAUAAUGAAACCAAAUGUGACCAAAGACGCGGUGCAAGCGGCCCAGUAGUUUUCCAGAUACUUUCAACACUCGCAGACCCACAAAAAAAUCAUGUUUAGGUAUAAGUGUAAAAUUAUAUACAAUAUAAACGUAUUUCGGUAAUGUUCCUAAUAAACAUAUGACACACAUUCGCUCACAGACAGACUUGUGCGCAUAUAUGCAUAGGCAUAUUCAAAAAGUAUAUAUGUGCGAAUAAAUUGCAGUUUCGGCCACACAGUAAAAAUUCAGCAUUUAACCGUUUGGCAAAGUAAAUUAGCGGGUAUAACAAAAACUAGGAAACAAAAAUUGGUCUGCGAGCUCGAUUAAGCUGGAAAAAUUGAAAACUGGACUGCUUGCAGAAAACAUUAGAACAUGUAAAAUGAAAUUAACUUAAUUGUUUACAGGCAGCAUUCUAUGAGAAGAUUACAUUCAGAUCGUUUAGAUAAUCUUAUUUCCCGUUGAAAAGCAGACAAGAUCAGUGCUUUUCAAUCAAUGACAACGCGUUUAAAAGCCCAAAAAAAAGGAAAAGAAAAUCAUGCAAGUACGAAACAAAUCACGAAAUGAACUAAAUUAAAAACCUCUCGGCCAUGUUUGGAUAAUUCUCUCUCGGUGUAAACAUUCAGGACAAAUUUACAAAAAAAAACCACAAAAAAAAAACAAAAACCAAAAAGAAAAGAAAACUUUAGGAUUAAAAAAAAGGGAAAAAUACGAAUUCAAAAUCCAAAAAUUAUACGCAAAAUUACUGAAUUUUGGAACACAAAAUUACGUAACAAAAACUUAAGAUGUAAGCGAAAGCAGCAAAGAGCUGCAUUUCGGAAAGCAGUAGACGAAGCAGUGUAGUCGAAGCAGGGAAGUAAGCAGUAGAGAAAGCAGCCUAAAACCAGAACGGGAAAAUGGAAAACGGAAAACUUUGAAAGAAAUUUUGAAAACGUGUUGGAAAAAUAUCAGAAAAAGUACAAGCUUAUUUUAAGCACCUUCGCGCCUUAUCUUUAAGAACGUAAAUAAAUCGAUGCAAAAAUGAGAAAAAGUAACCGAAACAAAGCGAUAACAAAACACAAACUUAAAUUAAAAUAAAUUUAAUACGAAAACAUUGUACAUUUAGAAAAUACGAGCAAAAUUGAGCAAAGUUUCGAUACAUCUCCGGGUAGUUAACCUUAUCUAAGCUUAAGUUCGAUUCGAACCGGUUAAAUUCGGGCUCGGAUACUGCAGAAAGCACCUUUAGUUUUCCCUCAGUUCGGGUUUUAUGAAAAACUCAGUCCUAAAUUGUAUACACAAGCAAGGAAAGGAUAAUACGAAAAAGCAGUAGGUGAAAAAGCUGAAAAGAACAUGACUAGUCGACAACCAAGGCAGUGGCAGGAACUAAUUGGAAAAAUCAGUUCCGGUCCCCGCUGACAAUUGAAACCGAAUAAACAACAAACAAAAUUCCAAAACAUUGCAGCAGCAGACUUCAAAAUUAUAAAGAGAUAAAUAAAAAAAAAGCCAACCAAAUUAACAAAAUUCAUAACUGCGGUUCGGAGCACAUAGGGAAAAGUGUAUGAAAGGUAUGAUAAAAAUAUAAAUCCAAAAAGCUAAUGCGAAGAUUGAAAGAAAAAGUAAACUUUUGUGUUCCCCAAAUCUCUGUAAAUGUUUAGAUGUAUGAAAGAAAACCAGUCGAGGACACUACUUGAGUUGAGUUAGGUUUUGGUGGGGCUGAGACCGACUUCAAAAUAAGAUGUGUAUGUAAAAAUCAAACUAAAAUGAAUACUAUAAAUGUAACGCUAUGAAUCCUAACCCCAUUGCCCGAGAUUUAGUUUUAAAACUUGAUAAGUAUCUAUUACCUUGACCACUAUCCACCAGCUUAUAUUCGUGUAUGUAACCCCCAUUUUAUUGUUUUUUGAGAUUUGCCAACGAUCGAUCAAGCGUGAUUCCUUUUACGCUCUUGAGUUCCUUCCCCAAGAAACCACAUCCAAAGAGAUCCAUUGGGAUUUGUGCACCGGGCCAAGGAGUGGGCAGUUCUCAAGCCUCGAAAAUAAACCCAAACUGCCCGGCCCAGUGGCCAGAACAUCGGCAUUGUUAUGGGUCGGGCAACUCCAGGACAUCCAGAUCCGUUUCGCACCAUAGCACUCAAGGCAAUACAAACAACCGGCGGCUAGAGAGAAGCAAAAUGAAAAGAAAAGCAGAAGACAAGGCAAAGGACAAGUUUCGAACCAAGGAUUUCGGUAACAUUUCGAACGCAACUUUCGGCAGAGUUUCGAACAACUUUGGAUUAGGCUUUUGUUGUUAAUUUGUUUUUUUGCGACCACGUCUCCAUAGCACUCGAGCAACAUGCAAUAUGCAACAGCAACAUGCAACAGCAACACACAACACAAGCAGCAAGCAGCAAGCGGCAACGUGAUACACGAGUUGAGCAAGUGAAAAGCAAUUUUUGAAAUGGGGCCACAACGUCCGAUCUAAAGUGCCUUCAAGUAACAAUGAAAACAAAAGAAAACAAAAAGAAAAUACCAAAACUAAAAACUGUUAAUUUUUUAUGUAACUAAAACCAACGCGGAGGAUGAAAUUAUAACACAAAAAUUGUAUAAAGAAAUUAAACGUGUAAAAAGUAUAAAAAUUUAAACAAAAACUAAGCGAUGACGAUGGUGAACGCGAAAGCGGAAACGUAAACGUAGAGAAAGGGCUCCAAAUAGACCGGAAAUUAAGCAAAAACCAUAACUGCUUCAUUCUUUGGCCUGGUCACACCGUCUCUCCGAAGGAACUCACGCAUAUGGGCUAAAAAUGCAAAGGAAAAUCGAUCGCAAAUCUCUUAGAAGCCAUCUUAAACAUUUACUUUCGCAUCCUUCCCUAGCAAAAAGUUGUAAUUGACUACCUAAUUAAGCGGAAAAAAUAUGUAUGUAUUUAGUUUUAGUAUGUAAGCGAAUGGAAAUUCACAUAAAACUCGAUUUAGACGAACAUAAUGUAUGGGAAAAUUAAUUAUUUAGACUAGCGAAAGCAGCAACAAAGGUUUGGAUAUAGACACCCCGAGUAUACCCCCUAUACCCCAUACCCCAUACAUACGCCUAUAGCGCUGAGUUGCUCAUCUAUCAAUGUACUUAAAACCACAAGAACACAGCCACACUGACACUUGCAUGUACUAUGCUACAUUUAAUUUAGAUUUAGAUGCGAAUAACUAAGUAUUCAACUCAAAGUUAUUCGAAGAACGAUACGAGAUGAACUGCGAACGGCAUACUGAAGAGGUGGCAAUUAGAUAUAGAGCGAACUAUAUUUAAGGACUCGGAACUAGCGACUCUCAGAAAAUGAAAAUGAAACGCGAGUGCGCAGCGACACAGGAUCGCAGAUAAACUAUAAGACUUUCCAGAAACGAAGGGGGAAACCUGUCGUUUCCCACUUUUGUGCUUUUUCCUACCCCUGACACACACACUGCAGACAUACACCUACCGUAGAUCUUGAGUUGGCAGCAUCGUAAUCGUUUUUUUAGUCGACGAUGGGAAAGAACUAGCAAAAAUUAGCAAAAUUUAAAAUUGAUUAUGUGACACACAACACACCUUCCACACACUCACACACACACAGAUACUCCAUGUAUAUAAGUAUGUAUAUUCCUUUGAGCUGAACAUUGUAUAACCGAACGAUUACGAUACCACAAACAAACACAGCGACACAACGACCUUAGCCAUCAGAAUACAAGGACACACCGAGGUGUGUAAAGGGUUCUUUGCUUACAACUUUUCAAACGAAUUAAACCGUUUCGGCCAACCUUUAGGAUUGACAAAAGAUCGACUUGAGGAACACAGCCCCGCCCACUCUGCUCCGAAAUUCAAUGAGCGGGGGGGCGGGAGAAUGCAUCGUUUCGGUUGAUGGAUGCAAACGAUCAAAAAUGUAUUGGCCCCCCCAAGGGCCAAGUGAAACCAAAUCGAGCCAAGAAAUUGAUUUAUGUUCAAUUAAGCAAGCAAAAACAACAUGCGAACAUUUGAAAAUUGUGAAAUAUAGAAAAAUGAAAACUUUCAGUUAAAAGACAACAAUAGACCGGAAUGAUUUCCAAGCAAUAGUACAAACAACUUUAGAGAUAACUUUUAUAAUGUAAUUGUAAGCUAAGUGGUGGAAGAAGAGCUCCGGAAAAUGCAAAAAUGCGGGGAUAAAUGCCAAACUCUAGUAAUCCUCGAAAAUCCGGAGCUAUAUGAGUAAUAAAUGGGAAAAAAAACCCCGCGUACGCAUAUACGAUUUACCCUAAUUUAUACUAAGUUGAGAUUUAAACACACAUUGAUUUCAAAUUUGAUUAGUGCGAAGUAAGCGAAAUUGAAGGCCAGCACAAGACGUUGACAUUUUCGAAAUUCCAACUUGACAUACUACCGCAGGACCUUCUCUUCCGCAGAAGCUGAAGGCCAAGUAAAACGAUUGAAUCAAGUCACUUCACACACACAGUUUAAAUUUAUAAGAAUAUGUACUAACAAUAGGAAACGUAUCCCAAUUUUCCAAUUUCCCGAUUUACCAACACCCAAUCCCCUGUAUCCCCUUGCCCCACAAAAAAACUCACACAUUACUAUUUACCACAAUACGAAAAGAAAGCAAAGUAAUGAAAAGAAAACCAAAAGUAAUGGAAAAAUAAAAUCAAGCAAAGCAAACAUAUAUGAAUGUAAUACGCGGUGGAAACAUACAAAGUUGGGAAACGAGAAAAUUUCACAAUCGACUAUGUCGCGUAUACACUUACGAUAGUACGAUAUACUAACUUUAUAUGAUUAACUAACUCAUUUCGAAUGAACCAUAGCGAUAUAUGUAUAAGCCACGUUUUGGUUUCGGUUUCGAUUUCGGUUCCGUUUUAUAAACUUUGGUUUGGUUUACACUUUUGGAAACUUCGGAAACGCAUUUCAGGCCAACAAAUUGAAAAUAAACUUAGACUUUUGGACCAGUUUUGUUCCCGCUAAAUCGGAUAAAUCGAUCAAAAUUGUACAUUUAGCGCAAACGAAAAAUUGCAAUUAAAUGAUUAAAAGUCCCGAAAAACGGAAAAUCGAAAUUUGGAUUUACAUUUAGAGAAUGCAUUUAGCGCAAAGCAAAAGCAAUCGACACCACACCACACGACACCAUCACCACACAAAAAUGAAUGAAAAUAUGUAUGAGGUAAAUUCAGUAUUUCGGAUAUAAGCGAAUAUAAUAACAUACAAAUUUAUAUUUAUGCAAGCGACAAAAUCGAUAGACAUCGUACUAAAAAUGUGUAAUGGAAUGGAAAUUGUAAAACAAGAGGAAAACACUAAACUACAAUAUGACAUUUUUAAUCGAAAAAAAACAAAACUUAUUUUAUUGAAAAAUUAUGUAAAAUUUACUAAGAAAAAAAUACAAAAAAACACACAAUAAAACUAUAUUGUUUAUUUUCAUCUUUAAAAAUAAAGUUUUAAAAUCGU